AUGUCGUCUUUCUCCCAGCAGCGGCAGCGGCGACAGCCGCGAAAGACGCCUGGCUCCACGGUCGAUCCGGACGCAGACGAUGAGCAGCCCCGCUCGUUCCCCGCCGCCAUGUCGCUGCGAAAGCUCCCGACCCGCUUCGCCGACUCGUCUCCUUCUCCGCCCAACUCGCCCACCUACUACCCGCCAUUUGCGCCCCAGCCACCCCAGAGCGCAAAGGCCUCGCAGAGAUAUCUCGCCGCCCUGCUCAAACCGUUGCUCGUGCCCACCGUCAUUUUCGGCCUGCCCACCUGGCCGAUCCUCGCGGCAACAUGCGCCGUUCCCAUCAUCGGCGUCAUGGCCAUACCGCUGCUGAUCCUCCUCUCGGUGGCGUUGCUCUAUGCCAUCGCCUGGCUCGCCUACCUCUUCCUUGCCCAGCCCGACCUCCCCGCCGUCUGGUCCUCGCCACGACGGUGGUCGUUCAAGAACCUCGCACCCUUUCUCCCGCUUUCGCCCAUCCGCUGCGCCAAAGUCGACCUGGCCACGCUGCGUUAUGCCAUCACCGCGGUCCGCAUCGCCUUUCCCGCCGUGUUUGACUGGAGCUAUCGACGUGUGAUGGUCCUCGGCACUCCAAAGGGCGCUAGCAGCCUCAAGGAGGGCAUCGUCUACGGCAGCCCCUCCAGCCACAAGAAGCUCGAUGUCUACCUCCCUUCUGCGCGUGCAGCUAGCUUCAGCGGCGGGUUUGGCGCAGCGGCGAACAGCACAGAUAGGGACGGACGCCGGGGACGCAACCAUUCUAGCACGUUCGCCGAGGCUAGCGGCACCACCGGCCCUUCUUCGUCGACGGACGCCGGCUCGACGGGUGCGCCCGUCAUCGUCGUGGUCCCCUCGGUCUUUGCGCCGCUCUCGAUCACGUCAAAGCGGAAGCUUUACCUCCAGCUUGCGCUGCGCUUCCGACGCAUGGGCUACUGCGUCAUUGUACCCGACAUCACCUACUACCCCGAGUCGCGCAUCAAGUCGUCGAUCAUCGACCUCCGCCUGGUCCUGCGGUGGACAGGCAAGAACUGCCAGAGGUACGGAGGCGAUCCCACAAAGAUCUACGUCAUGGGUCACGGCCUCAGCGCGCACCUCGUCAUGCUCACUGUGGCGCAGGAAGCCGUGGUCCUGAGUCGCGAGGGCCAUCUCGAUCGCGCCUACGAGCGCCAGAGGGGUCUCGAGAGGUGGCGCGACAACCCCUACGAGGCUGAUGACGGCGACGAGGACAGCGAUCGUCACGACCUCUAUCGCGAUACCAAGUACGCCGGAUCGAGGGAGGACGACGACGAGUGGAAGAAGAGCGGCGAGGUCGGCGAUGCCGCGCAGCCGAUCGCAGCCCAGGUGGCUGGCAAGGACGACAGCAUCACGACGCUAGGCGAGGACGACGUGCGGCCGGUCGAGGUGCACGAAGCGGACCGAGCUGAUACAUCUGCGGCCAGUGGCGAUGCCUGGGUCGACGAGGUGGCGGGCUCCUCAUCGUCCGUCCACCGGCUACCUGGUGCAGUCAUGGGCUCUGCGCGGCGCUUUUCAAGCUCGGCCGGCGGCGGCGGCGUCAGCAGCACCAGCAACACCACCCAUCACGGCCCUGGUCCACGACCCGGCAUGACGCGUCGUCCGUCCCGUCGACAGGCAUCGCCAUCCGCGCACAUUCUUUCGUCGGCAGGCUACAUGGCGGCGGCCUCAGAGGUCGGCAACGGCCUGAAGCGAGUGUCGAUCUACGAGCCGGAGAUCGAGAUACCCCCACUGGCAGGCCUGCUUCUCUUCUCGGGCAUCAGCGACGUGAUCAAGGGCUUCCGCUCGGAGUCGGAAAGCGGGCUGGAGCACCUCUCCUCGCUCCGCCGCGCCACGGGACCCAGCCACAUCCAGUGCCUGCUUCACUCUCCGGCGCACCUCCUCUACGCGGCCAAGAACAUCCUCGACACGCGCCUGCUGCCGCCCAAGGUGCUCCUCGUCCACGGCGGCAAGGACAGCGUGGUGCCCGUCGAGCAGAGCACGCUGCUCAAGACGCUCCUCGUCGGCAUCGGCGUCGAAAACGUCAAGCUCAGGGCCUACCGCCACCUCGGCCACGCAGAGAGCCUGGCCUGCCUCUUCCUCGGCAUGGGCAGGGCCAACACGAGGUAUACCCGCCAGAUCCUUGACGACGUCGCUGCCUUCAUCGGCCAGUAG